ACAGGGCGAGGGGUCCCGUUGUAUCGUGCGUGAAAACGUAACUUACGCACUACGCAGCGCCCCAUAGACUGUAAAAAGCGACCUCUACGAAGACGGACAAAUUAAACGCCCAACUACGAGAUCGUGGAGAAAAGCGGAUAAUUAUUUGGAUUCGUGGUCAAGAGAAAGCGGGGUUCGGUGAUGGCGGUGGCUGUGAACAGGGACCUGACGGUUCAGGUGUUAGCCGAUACUAAUGCACUGAAGUUAAUGGACAGUAAACAGGCUCUGAGGGCAGCUGUACAGAGAGGGGAGCCCAAGUGUCUGGGGGUGAGCCAGUUGAUGUUGGGUCUCCUUAUCAUGACUUACUCCAUCCCUCUUCACCUGACAGAGCACACUGAGGUGGUGUGGAUGGGGGUCCCCUGGUGGAGUGGCAUCUCUUUUGUCAUUGCUGGAGUUGUUGCUAUACUAUUGGAUAAAUACUGCACAAUGAACAACCUCUACGCCUGUAUAGCCACAAGUGUCGUCUCCACUGCCCUCUCCAUCAUGGCCAUCAUUAUCUACUCUGUGGAUAUAGAGAGAAACCCAGAGACUCCCUGCCUCAAAGAAAAGUAUGACGGCUGUGAUGACUUGCACUACGUUACCAAGCUGAGUAAAGGCGUGAAGUCAGCCCUGCUCCUCCUCACUCUGGCUCAGACCGUCAUUUCUGGAGUCCACACUUUCCUGCUCUUCAGACAGAGACGCAACUUUCAGAUCUACAAUCCUCUCCACCAAGAUUCCAUCUCCACACAACCUGUGCUUCCUACAGAUGAGAACUAACUCACCAAACUUCUUAUAAUUCUGUGGAGUUUGAGUGCACAUAUUUGUAUAUUCACAGUAUAAGAUACAUAUAUUACACUGCCCUCCACUAAUAUCGUCUGUGGUCAUGUGAGUAACUUUGGAUUUGAAUCAACCGAUACACAAAAUUUCCGAAAUACUUCAUCUUUGUUAAGUCAGUUUGAAUCUUCGGUAAUAAUCUGUUUUUUGAUGUGGUUAAAGGUGCCCAAGCUAACUGUGAUGAUAGUGUUUGCCACCUGCAUGUCACCCUGGAAAUGUUAUUACUUUGAUUAGAAUGUUCCAAAGUAUGGCACAUCAGGUAUUGUUUUAGCAAUAGCGACAAGAAAAGUUACAUAAUGUUAUGUGUGUUAUUUUUAUAUGAUACAACAUUUAAAACUUAAAGGUCAUCUUUGCUCACAUAUGGUUUACACAUUAUCAUGAGGCUCCUGAACACAAUUUUAUUUUCACUGCUUUUUUGUACAGGGUCAAAUGAUCAGAAUGUAAAACUGCCUUCUUGUUUGUUUUGUGUUUGUUUUGUACAGAGUGUGUGUGUUGUUAUGUGGUUAAGAUGUUACAAGUGACAUGUAAUUACAAAAAAACAACUUUUUUUCUAUUCAUUAUCAAAACCAAAUGUUCUGCAUCAAACAUCUGCUAUUUGUUUGAAGUUGAGAUUUUAACAGAUUACAAAACAUAAACAUAAGAAACCAACUGAGAAAUUGACAGUUUUGAAAUCUGUUGUCAAAAAAUGUUGAAAUGUCUUGUAUUUGAGCCAAAUGUUUGAAAUACAAAUUCCUGAAAUGUC